GCUGGCGAGAACGACUGGUGGCUUUCGAACCAGAUGCAAAAGAUCCCCAUCGCGUCUUUGACGAGAGGCAUCGUUCCCAAGCUUGGGGAAGAGAGUGGGGCAGACGGCAGGGAGGUGGACAUAGGGCGUGACGGAGCUGCUGGUGGAGGAGGACCCCAGUCUGUAUGACAGCGGCUACUUUGGGGCAAAGAUCUCUGAGAAUAAAGGCUGCUAUGAUGGCGAGCUUGGCCUUGCUGAGUUGCAAGAGGAGGAGCCUCGGUGGCGGUUACGGAAGCGGACGCUCAGUUUCGAGGAGGAGUACUCUGCCUCAAAACGCAUUCACAUUGAAGAGCGGGGUGUACAAAGCCAGGCCAACAGCAAUGAUAGCCACUUGUACUCCGUAGUUUCCAGGCCAACCAAAUGCUUUGUUUAUUACCCCUGAAAGGAAGAACAUUU